GAGCUGUACAGCCAGUCAUAUGAUGAGAUUGGGGUGAUGUUCGCCUCCAUCCCCAACUUCUCUGACUUCUACACAGAGGAGAGCAUCAACAAUGGGGGGAUUGAGUGCCUCAGGUUCCUCAACGAAAUCAUCUCCGAUUUUGACAGUGUAAGAAGCUCAUAAAUCCAUAAUUUCGUUUUGUGAAUUGUAACAGUCAUGCAAAUGUUGAAACUAGCUUGCUAUAACAAUGGAAGUACUGUAUGUUAUGACUCCCUAUUCCCCAUGCAUGCCCACUGUAUAGGAAAUAAAGAUACUGCCUAACACUUUGAGACUUUACUUUUCAACCCGUGACCUUUAACCUCUGACAGCUCCUGGACGAGUCUCAGUUCCGCUGCAUCACCAAGAUCAAAACCAUUGGCAGCACCUACAUGGCAGCGUCAGGGGUCACUCCCGACGUCAGCAACGGCUACGCCUGUCUGAAGGUUAGCUCAUUACCAUGGUCAUCAGCCACUGGGUCUGGGUCAGAGGAGGCUUAAACUAGCCGUGUAAACUCCUAUAGCAUCAGAUAAUCAUGUAAACUCCUAUAGCAUCAGAUAAUCAUGUAAACUCCUAUAGCAUCAGAUAAUCAUGUAAACUCCUAUAGCAUCAGAUAAUCAUGUAAACUCCAAUAGCAUCAGAUAAUCAUGUAAACUCCAAUAGCGUCAGAUAAACUUGUAAACUCCUAUAGUAUGACAUCAUCAUGUGAACUCCUAUAGCUAAACAGCAGAUAACUCCUGAAUAACACUAAGCCAUGUAAACUCCUUACCAAAACAUCAGAGAACUCCUGAUGAACUCAGUCUAGAGAAUCUUAUAUUGUUUGUGGUAGCAGGUCAGAAAUGUAUUCAAGAGCUUUAGGACUGAUCUUUUACAGAGGAUAUGUUAAUUUUAUGGGUGAUGAUGAUCGUAGCGGUGGUGAUGAUCAAAUGAAUUCACUUAACUUGAUGAAGAUGGUUAAGGUAGAGUGCUGUGUUGUGCAGAAAGAGGAGCUGAAUGACAGAGAGCGCUGGCAGCAUUUGGCAGAUCUGGCUGACUUUGCUCUGGCCAUGAAGGUCACGCUCAUGAACAUCAACUACCAGUCCUUCAACAACUUUAUGCUACGCAUAGGUCAGUGCUAACCUUCAGCCAUAUAUUUUAAGGUGAGAGGAGAAUGGAGAGCGUAUCCUAGUUUGCAUGCAUAUCAUAUAUCCCAUACUUCCUCCUCUCCUCAGGUUUGAAUAAAGGGGGGGUGCUGGCAGGAGUGAUUGGAGCCCGGAAGCCUCACUAUGACAUCUGGGGCAACACUGUGAAUGUGGCCAGUCGCAUGGAGUCCACAGGGGUCAUGGGUAACGUCCAGGUAAGGCCUCUCCAUACAGGGUGCGAUGAGAUGCAGGAUGUGAUAAGUAGUGAGGUGACAAUCAGCUAUAGCUCUAGCACAUUGGCCUGUAAGGUCGUUGAUGUACCUGAUUUCUGGUGCGGACUGAGCAGGAGCACUUGAUAUCCUACAAUGAGUGAUAGUGGCAGCGUUCCAGGCUGACUACAUUGCAGUCACCUGCAAGAUCUCAAAACCAGAUAUAGCAAACUGAUACCCGACCGUGCAGUCGAUGAUGUGGCAUGCAACCAUUGGUUGACUGCAAUGUAGUUGCCCUGGAACACAGGCAUUUUCUCCCAGAUGGCUAUAAUAACACAAGAAUAAUCUUACUUUGUUUAAUUACUAUUUAGAUUGUGGGGUUUGACAUCAGGGAAUAGCUUUAAGUAGACCAAAUCUGGGCAGAAAACACAUAAGUGUUGGCUGGAUCUGUAUGCAUGCGGAGAUUCAUCACCUAAAAUUGUGUGAUUCUGCUGCCACCAGGUGGUGGAAGAUUGCUACCACAUCUUGAAGGAGUACGGAUUCCGUUUUGUGAGGAGGGGACCCAUCUUUGUGAAGGGGAAAGGAGAGCUGCUCACCUACUUUCUGAAGGGUCGAGAAAAACAGGGCUCCUUCAUCAACGGCUCCUCGGUCACCCUGCCACACCAAGUGGUGGACAACUCCUGA